GUUGAAGUUGCAUGCAUGGUUGAGUCAGAGUUGUGUUUUAAACUACAACACUAUUAGUUAACAGUCAUCUAGUAGGCUAAUCACUGAAUCUGAUUUUAUUCAUUUAGAGUCUAGUAUUAAGUUUUAAUUUCAGUUUACUGUGAAGCUUAAUUGCUGUAAGCUGACUUCUCAGAUCCCUCCUUGAAAUGAAAGCGGGCGGGCUCCACUGUGGAUGUGCCAGAUGUUUCCCUGUGCGUGUCCGGAGGCGGGUGCGAAAGCGUGCGCCUGCCGUCGUCCCGCUGCUGUCUCUUCCUGAAGAGCUGCUCCUGUGUGUCCUCCAGUGUCUCUCCGCUGAGGAUCUCCUCGCCGUCAGAGCUGUUCAUUCUCAUCUCCGAGACGUUGUUGAUGGUAACUCAAGCGUCUGGGCACGAGUGAGCUUCAAAGACCGAUGGCCGGCCCCUGACACCGUUUGGUUGUUUGAGAGAGCUGCGGAGAAGGGGAACUUUGAAGCUGCUGUGAAACUAGGAAUUGCGUAUUUGUACAAUGAAGGACCUUCGCUCAGCGAGGAGGGCCGUGCCGAUCUGUGCGGCCGCAUGGCAGCGCGCUUCUUCAGUCUGGCCGAGAGCCUCCGGUCCCCACUCUCAGACCCCUUCAUCUGGCUCUUCAUCCGGCCGCCGUGGUCCACGUCUGGAGGCUGCUGUAAGGCCGUGGUGUACAACCGACUCCAGGCCGAGUGUGAGACCAACCUGGGCCUGAGAGGGCCGUUACUGUACUGUCUGGCUCGAGUCCUUCAGCUGUUUGACGAUGAGGAGAAGCGUGGCGAGGCUGCGGUGAUGCUGAAGGAGUCGGCGCGCUGCGGGAGUGUGCAGAGCUCGUAUCUGCUGUGGGAAAUGAACCGCGGGAUGUCGUCGGCUGAUCCCGGCAGGUAUCUGCAGUGCAUGCGCACGCUCCGGGACUAUGCUGCUAAAGGAUGCUGGGAAGCUCAGCUGGCAUUUGCAAAGUCAUGUGGAACCGCAAGUCCUCUGGGUCUGGAGCCGCGGGCCUGCGCUGAACUCAUAGUCCAGUUCUUCCACUCCGGACCGUCACCCCUGAGAUACCCCAAACACCUGCAGGGACAGGACAUCACCACGAAGAGGUAUAUUCUGGUGGACUGGCUGGUGGAGGUGACCACCAUGAAGGACUUCUCCAGUCAGGUGCUGCACGUGACCAUCGGCUGUGUGGACCGCUAUCUGAGCCUGCGCUCUGUGCCCAAGGCCCAGCUGCAGCUGCUGGGCAUCGCUUGCAUGGUGAUCAGCACACGAUACAUCAGCAAAGAGAUCCUGACCAUCCGCGAGGCCGUGUGGCUCACAGACAACACCUAUCAGUACGAGGACCUGGUGCGCAUGAUGGGGGAGGUCAUCUCCGUGCUGGACGGGAAGAUACGGACCCCCACAGUGCUGGAUUAUGGGGAGGUGCUUCAGUCUCUGCUUCCUGUGGAGCGGCACAGCUCUCACCUCUUCAGCUACAUCUGUGAACUCUCUCUGCUCUGCUCGCCCCUCACCGUCCCGGGACCGGCCCGACUCGCCAGCGCCGUCCUGCUUCUCACCCGAGCGCUGCACAACUACGUUCCCGUGUGGCCCGUCCAGCUGGAGGAAAACACAGGACUCUCCAAACACGACCUGGUCUCCUGCGCGUUACUGCUCUACGUCAAGUGUUUCGGUCAGGAUGUGCCCAAAGACUACAGACACGAGUCUCUGACCGGAGUCAGGCAGAGGUUUGAGGACGACUCGUAUCAUCAGAUCAGCAGAGACACAGUGAUGGGCUUUAAGGAGCUCUGUCAGGUGCUGGAGGUCCCAGAGGUGGAGCCGCAGGUGGAGGCGCCCAGCGCUAGCAGUCAGCUAGCAGAGAUGCACACCUUCCUGUCCUCUCCCACCAGCAACAGCAAGAGGAGGCGUGAGGACAGCAUGCAGGAGCACCGGGGCAGCUUCCUGGCCACGCCCACAGCCGAACUGUCCACUCAGGAGGAGACGCUGCUGGGAGACAUCCUGGACUGGAGCCUGGACACUUCCUGCUCCGGCUACGAGGGCGACCGGGAGAGCGAGGGCGAGAAAGACGGAGAAAUAUCAGCUAUGGAGGUGCAGAUGGAGCCGGCGGUCGAGUGCGCUGACAGACAGAUGCAUUGUUGUGCUCUCUCCAGCGAUGACGACAGCCUUUGUGAAGAGCCCACCGAGGAGGAGGCGAUGGGUGGGAGCAACAGACCCUGGACAUGCCACCUGUCCUCCUCCUCGAGCACCUACUGCACAGAGCGCCUCAGCUCGGGCUACUCGUCCAUCCAAAGUGUUCCCAGUCCCCCCGUCUCUUCCUCUGUGGUCUCUCCCAAAAAUCCCGCCGGUUUCUGUCUCCUACUGCCGCCUGCGCAAAGGACUCGCCGACAGGUGAAGAGGAAAAACACUGCAGCACACAGCGGAGGAGAGGCGGAGCGCGACGAAGAUGCAGCCAACGUGGCCUUUCUUAGCCUCUGAUUGAUUGACAGGAAGCUGUCAUCACUUAACGCAUCACUUCCUGACCGCCCACCAGGAGCACGUUGGUUCACUGGUGCCGACGGUGUUUAUCUCAGAGCAGCAAGAGUGAGAUAAAGGGCCUGAAAUGUCAAUUUCUGAGCUUUAAAUACGAUUAGAAAAACAUAGGUCAAGUUUUUUCCUUCCCAUAAUGCAGUUCACUUCGGCUCCCGAUGGCGGGAGUGCCUUCACCCGACUCUUGCUGUUGACAAGCAACGGGAUUAAUGCCUCAAAUGUGUUAAAAUCACUGGAACUGUCCCUGUUUCUGAAGUCUUGUGUACGUUGUUACAUCUUUGAAUUUAAAAAGCAUACUGUUUACAUAAAUGGACUUAAAGUUUAUCAAAUAUGUCUUUUACGAAGUUACAUGCAGCUACGGAGAAAACCCACUCAGUCCAUGAAGUUUCAUGUUGACAAAUGCACUGUGUGAACAAAACUGGUUCAUUUACGUGGAUGUUUCUCAUCGCGUAUUUUGAUUAUUUAUCAAUAAUCAAAUUAUUGGACUGAACGACUCCAGUGUUUUUAUAUUUGCGUAUUCGUUUGCGUUCGUCACACAAAUCUUCUGCCAAAGUUCUCGCAUUAACUAUUUUCAUACUGUUUUUCUGCUUGAUACCACUGAAGGUUUGACCUGUGAAACCUAUGGAAGCUUGUUUCCGACACGGAGUAAAAAACUGAUGCUUUAUUUCCUUCUCACAAUUCUGACUUUUUUCCCCCUUUACAUCUCGCAGUUCUGACUUUUUCCCA